GAAACAGAUAGAUUAAGUUAGUGGAUCAGAAUUAUUUACAAAUUUUUUCUGUUAACAAUUCAAUUUAGUUGCCACUUCUGUAACUUGUAGCUCAAUACUAUGAUCCGUUUAAUAUUAACUUUACUUUUGAGUCAAUAUUUUGUCUUAAUAUGGUCAGAAUCUUUGAAUGAUAUCAGUCUUAAGGUUGAAAGUGGAUCUUGGAUCAUCAAUUCAUCUUUAAUUGAUUCUGAAACCAAAACUAAAUAUACCUUGAACGAGAUUAUCUAUUCUGGUGAAUACAUCGAAAGUAAGAUUUCGAUUUCAUCUGGUUCACUCAAAUGGGAUGUUAUGCACUCAACAAACAACCGAUAUCAACGUCUUGUUAUUCACGAUAACCAAUGUGAUCUGUUCACUUAUAACACCAAAUGGGAAUCAAAGUUACCUGGGAUAACGAAUCCAUUGUUGAACCACAUUCUUCUGGUUGGACCUUCAGUUACACAUAGACUGGCUCAACUUUCAUGGCAAGAAGAACCUGACGCCGUGAAGAGAGGAGUAAUAAUGCACAGUAAAAGUACUUCGAUUGGAGGAGCCCGUUUGAAUAUAACUAAUUAUUACAUGAAAGGUGGAUGGUUUCAGGAUAAUGUUGCACCAAGAGUCACAAUAUUCACUGGUAUUGAUCCAUCUGAGCCUGACUAUUCAAGGCAGACAACACUAACAUUGGACACUUAUAUUCAAAUGGAAAGUUCUGAUGAAAAAUUAAAAGCGUUUGUUAAACCGGAGCCUGGAAUCGGAUGUCCAUUUUAUUUCAGCCAAGCUAGAAGUGAACCACAGCUAUUUAGCCAAGCAUUUUCACGAUUACAUUACAUCGUAGAUACAACCGUCAAAAAACCCAAGUCAAAACAGACGGUGAAAAGAGAAGUGGCUUAUAUUGACCAGUUAACACAACAAAUGAAUAUUGAAACCACAAUCGAAGGCAAAAAAACUGAAGAAAUUUAUGAUUUCACUUUGGGAAUCAAGUAUGAUGACGAUUCUUCGUCUUAUUGCUCAAUAAAACAACUUGAUUUGUCCAUUCCUGGAAUGAUAGUUUAUUCAAAUCAGGGUAAAAUGAAUAUAAAUGCCCAUCUUGGUUUCAAGUUGAAUUAUAAGUUUGUAGGAAUCGUUCAAAAUAGCCGUUCAUCUGGAAGAGACUUAUACGUCUGGGAAGCUGUUGAGUACAGCAAAACAUUUGAAGACCAAAAAUGUGACAAACUUGUAACAACUCAAUACCUACUUUUGACCAAUGAUGACAAUCUUGGUGAAAAAUUCAUGCUUCACUCGACAACAAUUAAUGGCUUUACGAAAACAGGCAAUAAUUAUAUCAAAGUCCUGGAGACAAGUCGAGUUUACCGUAAAUUUGAACCUACAAUUCAGAGUGAAGAUUAUGAUUUAAAGUUCAAUGUUGAUAAAUGUUAUCCAUUUGAAUCACAGCAUCGAACUAUUAAAUUACAUUUCAGAUGCCAGGAUGACUGUGACCAUUUCAAAUCCCGAAUAUAUACACACCGAUAUGCUAUAAAAUCAAUGAUAACACGAACUGAUCAAAUAUCGUCUUCAAGAAUAUCCAAUAUUGAAGUUAUUCCAGACUCAAAUGGAGCGACUGCAUACAUAACAUUUCUUGAAGCUCCAGAAAUUAAAGAUGCAUUUAGCUUCGAAACGAAAUUCCUGAACUCUGAGAGACUCCUCACUGGAUCGUCGUCAUUUGUAGCCUACAGUGACAUAGAUUGCCUUAUUAAUGCUGCAAAGUCACCAGCAGAUUAUCGGACAAUUAUUUAUUGUUAUAAUGAACGUCACAGUUGUUUCGCAUUUAAUGAGCAAAAAGACUUGACUGAAAGCUUUUUUGGAGCUAAUUGCGAUGUAUAUCAAAUUUCUUUGAAAAAUUUACACCGUUUCAGUCAAGAAUUGCCUCUUGAUAAAAUUGCUUCGGGCAUUGAAUGGAAAAAUUUCAUUUAUAGCUUAACCGACUCAACGAAAACAGCAUUGUACUCAUGUGAUCUCAUGGAGAACGUCGCAACGUCGAGAAAGGCUAAGAGCCAUUUUGAUUCACAUUACCUUUAUGAAGAUGACACUAGACUGAUACCAAAUGAUGAAAAUAUACUCAAGAUUGAUGGAGUUAAAAAUGUUGGCGAAUGUUUCCAUGCGUGUUCGAAGACUAACAAGUUCGACUGUAGAUCAAUAUCCAUAUGCCCUGACGUUGACCCACCCGAAUGUAUCAUAUCAAAUAUCUCGGAAAGGGCCUUAACAGAUGAUGAUUCGAUGACCAAUUCGUCUUGUAAAGUUUUGUACAGAAACCCAAUGCUUUAUUAUGUGAAGGUUGCGAAUAGAAAGUACAAAAAUCCAGAUUCAGUUUCCAGGCCGGGUUCUCCUGAAGAUUGUGCUAAUUUAUGCUAUGAAACGGACGAUUGUCUAUCAUUCCAGUAUUGCGACGUAUUUUGCACUUUUGGUGAAUAUUAUACAGAUUCCUCGACUGAAUUCAGUCAAGAUUGUGACAUUUAUAUUCCCAAAGUACUUCACAAGUUUACUGAUAAUGGCAAAAGGAUAGUCUCUAAUGUUUUCCAUACUGAGCUUGGGUUAACUUUAGACCAAUGUGCUGCUCUAUGCCAUGAUUGGGAUAAUGGAGAUGAAGUUUGUCAAUCUUUCAACUUUUGUCCAUCAACUAAAACCACGAGUUCAUGCGAGUUGUCCAAGUAUAAGAUAGAGGAUUCGUCGACAAAAACAAUCGACUCUAAAAUUUGUCACAACUAUGGUUACCCUACAUUGAGCGUUGAAAAGAGUCAAAAUUCAAAAGAUGAUCGCCAUGAAGGUUUAAGCAGGAAAACUGUCAUUAGUUUGAUUGCAAUAUUUGUUGGCAUUGGUUUCGUGUCCGGUUUUAUUUUUCCUAUUGUUUAUGCAAAAUUUAAAUCGACUAAUCACUCUAGAUUAAUUGAAAAAUAAGAAAUUAUUAUACAUUUUUUGUCAAAAAAUAAAACAAGAAUCUGGAAAAUGUUCA